GCACUCAGGCUUGAAUAUGUAAAACACAAAGUGUUUCUAGCCCCCAUGCAAAGCUCGAGAGAAACUCUGAUUGAUAUGUCCCUGCAGUUGGCGGCGGCAAGCUGGAUUGCAUCCGGCUCCAUGGUCCAGGAUGUGAAUUGUUCUAGGCCCUUGAAAGACACUGAUCUCAGGACAGGCUGGAAAUAGACCUGGAGGAUCUUCAAACGGAGGACUGUGGGUUCCGACCCACCACCACUUCGGAGCUCAAGCUUCACAAGGGACUGUUUGGAUGAUAGCUCUUCUCAGGGCCGGCGGACUAGAUUAGCGAGCCAGAGUGGCAAGAGACAUGCAGGGUUCUCUUGUGCUAACACUCUGUCCAUCAAUGGACUGAUGAUUGGUGUGCCUGAAUAUCGAAGGGAGCUGGGCAUGAUUGCGUGCUAUUGGACGCCUCAGCGCAUCUUCAAUCAAGGUCAAACAGUCUACAAACAGCUCCGCAGUGAAAUGAGUCAGUCAAAAAUAACAAUGGUGUUGAAGCUCUGAUGAAGCUUCAAUAGAUCCAUCUUUGAAGAUAUAUAACCAUGAAUCUUGUUGGCAAGAUUGCCUGUUCCCCCUCUGUUGUUUGCUCCUUCAGCAAUCAAAAACAACAUCUCAUUUUUUUUCUUUUGAGUCUAUUUCCUUGGUGUCUUCCUAUUUCAUUUUGUCCUUUUUCUCUCUUUGGUUUGCUUUUGGCUCUCAUUCUUAAUUUCAAAGCUAUCAUUUAGCAGAUAUUUUACUUAAGUGCUUGCUUGUUGACACAUUCCUUUCAAGCAUACUGCUAGGACCGAUUGACUCUGGAAAGUCAUCUCCUGUUUCUGCUUUUAUUUUUAUUUUUUUUCCCUCUUGCCAUAACUACACGGUCUUUACGAUCUCGCUUCUAUACCUGGCCACGGUUACAAAACCCCCAAUCUCUUUAACAUUUCAUAUCAUUACCUCUUCCUGUUUCUCCUUCUUUUACUCAGUUACCCUUAAAAUGGCUGGUUCUCAGUACGGCGCGAUUGGUAUGACCUUCAAGGUUGUCCGCAUGCUCCAGGUCGUGUGCCUUAUUGCGAUCAUUGGGAUGACUGCCAAUUUCAUCUCGCAGAUGGUGUCGAGUAAUACCACUCCGCCCGAGGUUCUUGUCGGGACUAUUAGCGUGACAUGCAUUGCUGUCCUAUACUGUGUUGUCACAUUCAUCCUGUUCAUGGACAACAUCCUACCGUUCCUGAUCAAUACUGGUCUGGAUGGUCUUCAUCUAAUCGCCGUCAUUGUUGUUGCCGUUACCGUCGGAAAGCCGCUGUCCUACGUAAACUGCAACGUCCUCGGGAGAGUCUCAAACGGUACAUCUUCGGCAUACGCGUUUGCUGCCGCUUUGGGCAACAGCCUUGCCAAAAAUGGUGACAAGAUCAGCUAUACCCACUGGGUCGGCACUUCUAAGCCAAACUGCCUUGAGAUGAAGGCUAUUUGGGGUCUAAGCAUUGCUCUUUGCAUCCUCUUCGCUCUAUCUGCUACAUGUAGCGUUGUCAUGUGGCGUCAGCAGAGAUCUGUCAAGCCUAAAGAUGUUGAAGGUUAAGCCUGUCCUCUGAGUCCGCUUCUCUCGGUCUGCAUUGGGUCCUAACCGAAAUCGUGGAUUUUGAUAAUCCUGUCCUACAUGCUUCCAUAGAUCAUAUAGCGGGUUGGAAUUUUUUCUGUCCUUUUUGUUUUAUAAGUUAUCAUUUGUACGGGUGGCUUCCUUCCUCUCUUGAAUAUGCAUUGUUGGUUUACCCAUUGGCUUUUUAUUUCUUUGUCGUUCCUGCAUGUUGUUUGGGGUUUGCCAGAUGGCAAAAGUAAUGAUAAUUGCGAGACAUGUUUAGAGAUCGAAUUAAUGGCUUUGGAGGGGGAAAAAAACAAAAUUACGCGAUACGUUGCAAGAGAUUAGCAAUAUAAAAUUUUCUUUUGG